CAUUUUGACUGGCAUGAAGCUCUACCAAUGGUGCGCCCAGGCCUUCCUAAGGCCCGCCCCCCAGGGAGGCGGGGCUCUUGCAGGCUCGGCCAAUGGCGGCGGGGCGGACCGCUGUUGAGCCGCCGUGGCUAGGUUCUCCAGGAUACGCGUCCUAUAAGCCCCGGAGGUGGAAUGGUGAUGUCUCCAUGAGGGAACCGCCUCUCACUCAUCGUGUCAUGUGUAUCACCUGUUCUUGACUGGGCCGUUCAUCUAAGAUAGGACUUAACCCGUAAAACAGGGAGAAGACUUAAUGGACUCCAAGCAUCAUUUCAAGUUAUAGGUUUUUUUUAUUGUUUGUUUGUUUGGCAAGUAUAGACAUACAUGCAGAGCUCUCGUGCUUUAUUAAAGCUGCUGUGUUGGUAAUCCAGAGCUGUCCCAGUCUACUGACCCAUCAUCACCAUGGCUUCGGUUUGGAAGCGGCUACAACGUGUGGGAAAACACGCCUCCAAGUUCCAGUUUGUGGCCUCCUACCAGGAGCUGAUGGUUGAGUGUACAAAGAAAUGGCAGCCAGAUAAACUGGUGGUGGUCUGGACAAGAAGAAGCCGAAGGAAAUCUUCCAAGGCUCACAGCUGGCAGCCUGGAAUAAAAAACCCAUACCGUGGUGUCGUGGUCUGGCCUGUCCCUGAAAACAUUGAGAUCACUGUGACACUUUUUAAGGAUCCUCAUGCAGAAGAAUUUGAAGACAAAGAGUGGACAUUUGUCAUUGAGAAUGAAUCCCCUUCUGGUCGGAGGAAAGCUCUUGCUACUAGCAACAUUAAUAUGAAGCAGUAUGCAAGCCCUAUGCCAACUCAAACUGAUGUCAAGUUAAAAUUCAAGCCGUUAUCUAAGAAAGUUGUGUCUGCCACGCUCCAGUUUUCGUUAUCGUGUAUCUUCCUUCGAGAAGGAAAAGCGACGGAUGAAGAUAUGCAAAGUCUGGCUAGUUUGAUGAGCAUGAAGCAGGCGGACAUUGGCAAUUUAGAUGAUUUUGAGGAAGAUAAUGAAGAUGACGAUGAGACGCGAGUGAACCAAGAGGAAAAGGCAGCAAAAAUUACAGAAAUUGUAAACCAGUUGAAUGCUCUGAGCAGCUUAGAUGAAGAUCAAGAUGACUGCAUAAAGCAAGCAAAUAUGCCUUCAGCUAAAUCAGCCAGUUCCUCUGAAGAACUUAUCAACACACUUAACUUUUUGGAUGACACACCAAAGGACUUGGCCACUGUGAAUACAAAUCCAUUCGAUGAACCAGAUGUAACAGAAUUCAAUCCAUUUGGAGAUCCAGACUCAGAAGGUGUCCAGACUCCACAGUAUUUGAACCCAUUUGAUGAGCCAGAAACUUUUGUCAUGAUAAAGGAUUCUCCGCCCCAGUCUACAAGAAGGAGAAAUCUGAGGCCUGUGGACAUGAGCAAGUACCUCUAUGCCGAUAGUCCCAAGGGCGAAGAGGAGCUGGAUGAAUCAAAUCCUUUUUAUGAGCCUAAGCCAACUUCUCCAAAUAAUUUGGUCAAUACAGUUCAAGAAGGGGAAACUGAACGGAGAGUGAAAAGAAAGGCCCCAGCACCACCAGCCCUCACGCCAAAGACAGCAGCAAAUGAGAGCACAGUUGUUUCUACAGGCAGAGAUCUCGCGACUUCCCCUAAGCCAAGCCCAAUACCAAGUCCUGUUCUAGGGCAAAAGCCAAAUGCUAGCCAGUCGCUGCUUGCGUGGUGCAAAGAGGUUACGAAAAACUACCGGGGCGUGAAAAUCACUAACUUUACUACGUCAUGGAGGAACGGGUUAUCUUUCUGUGCAAUCUUACACCACUUUAGACCAGACUUGAUCGACUACAAGUCUCUGAAUCCUCAAGAUAUUAAAGAAAAUAACAAAAAGGCUUAUGAUGGAUUUGCCAGCAUUGGAAUCUCCCGUUUACUGGAACCUUCUGAUAUGGUUUUAUUAGCAAUCCCUGACAAGCUGACUGUUAUGACUUAUCUCUAUCAAAUAAGGGCACAUUUUAGCGGCCAAGAACUAAAUGUGGUCCAGAUAGAAGAAAACAGCAGUAAAAGCACGUAUAAAGUUGGAAAUUAUGAAACAGACACAAACAGUUCUGUGGAUCAAGAAAAAUUCUAUGCCGAGCUCAGCGACCUGAAGCGCGAGCCUGAAGCGCAGCAGCCUGCCGGUGGGGCCGUGGACCUCCUGUCGCAGGACGACUCUGUGUUUGUAACUGACAGCGGAGUGGGAGAGUCGGAAAGUGAGCACCAGACUCCACAUGAUCACCUUAGUCCAAGCACAGCCUCCCCUUCCUGCCGCAGGACUAAAAGUGACACGGAGCCCCAGAAGUCUCAGCAGAGCUCCGGAAGGACUUCAGUGUCUGAUGACCCUGGGCUAAGUUCUAGUACCGAGUCAGCCCAAGCGCUGGUUUUGUUAGGCAAGAAGAGGCUACUGAAAGCCGAGAACUUAGAAUUAAGUGACUUACAUGUCAGUGGUCAAAAGAAGGCGGUGUCUCCACCCUCAAGUCACGAGCAAAAGCUUCAGGCUGUAAAUACCGAUAGUGACUUGGAACAAGAGAAAAUAGACGAUUCCAGAUCUUUAGAGUGCAGAGUGGAUGGUGAGUCAGCUAUCAAAAGGCCAAGCUUAUCCCCUCCUUCUAAACUUGGAUAUUCAUACAAUAGAGAGACAGACUUUGCGAAAAAAACAUGUGCUUCUCUGAGGCAGACAGAGUCGGAUCCAGAUGCCGACAGAAACACUUUAAAUCACGCAGACCACCACCCCACCAAAACAGUUCAGCACCGAAUGUUGUCUAGACAAGAGGAGCUGAAAGAAAGAGCGAGAGUUCUGCUUGAGCAAGCCAGAAGAGAUGCAGCUGUCAAGGCGGGGAGCCAGCACAGUGGCAGCGCAGCCCCCCCACUCUGCAGCAGGCAGCUAAGUGAUCAGCAAGAUGAAGAGAGACGUCGGCAGCUGAGAGAGAGGGCUCGUCAGCUAAUAGCAGAAGCUCGAUGCGGAGUGAAGAUGUCAGAACUCCCCAGCUAUGGCGAAAUGGCUGCAGAAAAGUUGAAAGAAAGGUCAAAGGCAUCUGGAGAUGAAAAUGAUAAUAUUGAGAUAGAUACUAACGAGGCGAUCCCUGAAGGCUUUGUUGUAGGAGGUGGAGAUGAACUUACUAAAAUAGAAAGUGACCUUGAUACUCCCGCAGAACAAAAUAGUAAGUUGGUGGACUUGAAGCUGAAGAAGCUCUUAGAAGCCCAGCCACAGGUGGCAAACUCGCUCUCCGGUGCUGUCCAGAGAACUGUAGCUGAUACCUCAGAGCCAGGAGAAAAGAAUGGCACAGAAGAUCUCCGGACGGACCGAUUACAAAAAGCAACAGAACGGUUCAGGAAUCCUGUUGUGUUCAGCAAGGAUUCUACAGUCAGAAAGACUCAGCUGCAGUCUUUCAGUCAGUAUGUUGAAAAUAGACCAGAGAUGAAAAGACAGAGAUCAAUACAGGAGGAUACAAAGAGAGGAAGUGAGGAGAAGGCAACGCUAACUGAAACUCAGAGGAAGCCAUCAGAAGAUGAAGUACUUAAUAAAGGGUUCAAAGACACCAGUCAGUAUGUUGUGGGAGAGUUGGCAGCACUAGAAAAUGAGCAAAAGCAAAUUGACACCCGUGCCGCGCUGGUGGAGACGCGCCUGCGCUAUCUCAUGGACACAGGAAGGAACACAGAAGAAGAGGAAGCCAUGAUGCAGGAAUGGUUCAUGCUAGUUAAUAAGAAAAAUGCCCUGAUAAGGAGGAUGAACCAGCUGUCGCUUCUGGAAAAAGAACAUGACUUGGAGCGAAGGUAUGAGCUGCUGAACCGGGAACUGCGGGCGAUGCUGGCCAUUGAAGAUUGGCAGAAGACAGAAGCCCAGAAGCGACGGGAACAGCUCCUGCUGGACGAGCUAGUGGCCCUGGUGGACAAGCGAGACGCCCUUGUCAGGGACCUGGACGCUCAAGAGAAGCAGGCCGAAGAAGAAGAUGAGCAUUUGGAGCGAACUCUGGAGCAAAACAAAGGCAAGAUGGCCAAGAAGGAGGAGAAGUGCGCUCUUCAGUAGCCUUAGGCCAGACCUGUCCCCGCGUCGCGAUCUUAGGUCCCCGGCCAGAAACAGGCUGGCUGAUUGAAAACUUUUUAACGUUUUGUUGGACUGCAUUGUUCUUCCGGGCCAUCGCCCCUUUCCCUCCUCUCCAGAAAACAUACAGAGCUCCAGCUAGCUUUCAGGACUCUUUGUGAGUUAGUCAUGAAGUCAUUUUGGAAAUCAUGUGAAGUAGAUUUGCACCGACACCUUGUGGAUGACUGGUAAUGAAGAUGCUGAAGAAACUGU